UUACCGCCCCUAACGGAAAUGGUCAAUUGACAAGAAAGUGGGGAGUAAAGGAAUUGAUUUAAAGAAAAAAAAAGCAUAGCGUUGUAUUGAACGAAUUAACAGACUCCGAAACAUUGCAGAUUGCGUCAGAGAUCAGAGAAAGUGAUGCUUUUGAAAGAACUGAGUUCAAGGUCACUUGUCGAAGUUGAGGGUGAAAAAUGAGCAAGAAAGGCACACUCACCUCUAGAACAUUAGACAAACUAGGGUUUGGUUCAUUCAGAUUUCGAGGAAACACGCAGCCUGCACAUGCUGAUGAGCUUGACCUUAAAACAGCAGACAACAAUGGCCAGACAUCUGUGAACACAAUCACUGGUGGAGAAUUAGAUAUACCAGUGGAGUUAGUGAGUCGAUACUCUACAGAGAAUUUAGAGUCGCUAGUCAAUAAACAUCACAAAAAGACUCUUAGGGAGAAAAUAUGGGGUUCAAGACCUGAAGAACCUGCAGUAAAUCAAUCAAAGUCUGUGUUUUAUGUUGAUGAAGCUCCAGUCAUGGUUACCACAGCAACAGAAGAAGACACCAAUGAAACAACAACAGCAGUGCAGGAGAAAAAGAAGAAACAACAACCAGAGGGGACACUGGAAUACACGGUACAAGACCGGGACACUUUAGAGAAGAUAGCUGCUCACUAUGACACCACCCCGUCAGAACUGAAGAAACUGAAUAAGCUUAUAUCUGCCAUGAUAUUUGCUGGACAGGUACUUUACAUCCCUGAUAAAAAUUAUGUUCCAAGAAAAUCCACAUCGUCAGUUUCUUCUGAAGAUUCCAGUUCCCAGCAUCAGGUGGAUUCAGUGUUUGGGAGUCCACAAGAUAAGCCUAAAAUGGAUGUGCCCCUGGUCAGAUCGGGUAACAAUUCGCCGUCCAAAGUCCCGGGACAUGUUGAACGACAGCCAUCCACCUCGCCUACAGCAUUCGACUUUGAAGUUGUCACUCCACAUAAACUCUCAGAGGAUGAGGUACAACAGUUAGACCAGGACUGUAUGGAGAGGUUCAUAAAACUCAAAGUCAAACAUAUUACAGAUGGACAGAUUUAUAAGACACAUCCAAAGAAGGGAGUUGUAAAAGGAACGCUGCUGGUGACCCCAAAUGCUGUAAUGUUUGACCCAGAUGUCUCAGAUCCAUUAGUUCUAGAGCACGGUGCCGAGAAGUAUGGCAUGAUAGCACCUAUGGACAUGAUAAUCAGCGCAGCCAUGUACCAUGACAUUGCCGCCAUGAAAUUACGAGGAAAGAGACAGGAAGAUGGAUCAAGUUAUCCUAAACCAGAGGUAUAUCAUGACAAAGCUUGUCCAAUGGCAAAAGAGAUACUCUUGUCUUCACAAAAGACAGACCAAUCCAAACACAUUUCCUCAUCCCUCUCAGAAAACCUGAAAAACAUUCUUAGAAACCCUCUCAAUAAGUCAGAAAGUGUCUGCUCUUGUGGAAAAGGUGUUACUAAUGACAGAUUAGAGUCAGUUUCUGGUGAUGAGGCUGACUCUACUAAACUUAAUGAAGAAAUGAAUAAAGGGAGACAAGAUGAAGUACAUGCUAAUGAUGAUUCUAAAGUAACUGAUGAUAGAAUUAGUGAUAAAACAAAUGACAAUGUGUUCAGUGAAGGUAAUGGUGAUACAGACACUGUAGAUAAUGGAGGUGAUGAAGCAGGUAGUGGAAAUGGAACAAGAGUGAAAUCUAGUCCAAGACUUGAUGGUAGAGGUCAGAAAAAGUUAUCUGUGUCUUUUUCUCUACCGGAAACUGACACAGUGUCUCCAGGUAAGGAGAAGAUUUCUCCAGGGCUGGAAACUUUGCUGGAUUUAGAAGAUACUGAUAAAACAAAGACUGAUGAAGUAAAAGAAACUGUUAAUACUGGAGAUGAACAUACAGAUAAUAAAGCACAGGAAAAUAGUAAAACUCAGUCGGAAAAUGAAAAUGGAGAUAAAGAAACAAGAAUAGGAAAUAUUGUUUAUCUCCCUGUUGAAGAGGAUGCCAAUGGGGAGGUAACUGUGCAGUCAGUGGAGAAAACUGCAAAUACACUGUCAAAACUGAGCGUGGAUGAAUUUUCCCAAAUUUCUAAGUCAGAUACUGAUCUUGUUGAUAGUGGUUUGAAUGUUGAGAACAAAGAGGUUGAAAAAACAAGAUCAGCUUCAACCAGUUCUUUGGGGCCUUUCAGCCCAACUCCUCAUCUGAGUGCUUUUGUAAACUAUGCAACUGGCUUCUUCCAGAGACAUGCUUCAGACAGUAGUAUCAAAGACAUAAAGGAUGUGCUUAUUGAUUCAUUAUCAGACUUAAAAAUGCCGGAGUCCAAAAUUGACUCUAAAGAACCUAAAAAUGAAACACACUAUGACGUUCCCACUGUGUCUGCAGCUCCAACAGGAAAAAGACGUGGUAAAAUGAGUCGUCAUGGAGAUCAGGCGCCAUCUAGUAAUGUGGCAGUAGAAAGUGCCGUUACAAUGGAUGAAAAACCAGACUUACUGACAAUGGAUUAUGACAAGUUUGCUCCACGUAAAUCCCAGUCGUAUCCGGACCCACCUCUAUACUUGUGCCUCCGCCUCGGCACCCCACAGAACAAGAACGUCUUCCAUAAUUACACCAUAGAGUCAUAUGGCAAGAGAAGGAAGAGGUCAGAAUACUGGUUCUCAAUUCCAAGAGAAAAAGUUGAUCAUCUGUAUGCAUUUUUUGUACAAUGGACGCCAGAAAUUUAUGGGGAUGAGGAGGAGAUAACUCCGGAGAAACGGGGGUUUGUUGUCAUCGAGGACGAUGACAGUGAGGACUUGGAGAUGUUAGAUGAACAUUUUGGGCCUAAUUCUGCCUUCCAGAAAGACUGGGAGUUGGUUAACACAGAUGAGAUUAUAAGUCAAAGUGAGGCAAUCAAGAGACGUUCUAUUGUGUUCGAGGAGCCCAUGCCUCUGCCGGAACUAAUAGGGGAAUCAACAAUAUUUGGAGAAUAUCAUAUCAGUGAGCUGUGCCAGGUGAUGCCAGGGAGAACAGUGGGUUAUCCAUGGACUCUGAUAUACAGUACAGACAAGCACGGCUUCUCACUGAAGACAUUGUACAGAGAUAUGCUGGGAUUGGAGAGUCCUAUACUGAUUGCUGUGAAAGACACUAGUGACAAUGUAUUCGGAGCUAUGACAUCAUGCCAGUUGAAGUACAGUGACAGUUUCUAUGGUACAGGGGAGACAUUCUUAUUUACAUUUUACCCAGAAUUCAAAGUGUUCAACUGGACGGGAGAAAACAACUUUUUUAUCAAAGGAAACCAAGAAAGCUUAAGCAUCGGAGCUGGCCAAGGUGUAUUUGGACUAUGGUUUGACGAAGAUCUGUAUCAUGGGAGAACAAACAAGUGCGAAACAUUUGAUAACGAUAUACUCACAUGUUCUGAAGACUUUGUUGUUAAAGGCGUUGAGGCCUGGGCGUUCAUUUGGGACUGAAAUGUGAUAUUUAACCCUGUUUGGACCUCCUUCCUUCAGCUGGCAGUGAAGAUAUUGUGCAAACACGCAUACAGCAAUACUUUUGGAAAGCUUGAAAUUUUGCCAAGUUUAGCUCCCGAGAGGUUACUCUGUAAAGAAAGGGUCAAGGUUUACAGAAAGUUUCGGUCUUUGUAGAAAGGUGUGAAUGUUAACUGAAAUGGUGUAGCUAAACCUUUCAAAAGAAGACAUAUGACAGACAUUAGCUCUAUCUGACAUUGGUCAACUUAUCACUAAGUUGUUUUGAUACAUUAUUCUUUUGUGACAUAGGUCUUUUGCAUGACCUCAUUGUUUGGACGUUAUAUUGAAAUGUGACUGCCUUGUAAUGAAACCAUUAUGGAAUAUUAAGUUCAGAGACAGACGUGUUACAUUCCAAGUUAAUUUUUACCUGGAAGAGAUCAUAUCUAAUAGAUUGUAACAGGAAUAUAUUACUCUUAUUAUCAGGAUUCUUAAUAUAGAUAAUAAUUUCAGACAUGGGGCGCCCCAUGUGGUUCUGGGACAUUCUGUGUAUGAAAAGACUUGGAACCACUGCCUUACCCUUGCAUGAUCGUAAGAGGCGAAUAAUAGGAUCUUAACACUUGGUUUUGCUGUAACUCUGUGAUUCCAGCAGGUAUGCAAAUUUGAUUCCAUACCUCAUGUUUUUAUUUCGAUGUAAAUGAAAUGUGAAACCAAAAUUUGUAGUCCUGUUUGGCGCUAUAUAGCCUAUACUGUGUUGGUGCACUGUAAAACCCAAAUAAAUAAAAAAAAUAAAUCAGACAUGGGGCAAAAUUUUACCUUGAUCGAGUUUAUUGCUGGAAGCCAUGUGAUAUGGCACAAAGUUGGUAAAUUUGGUCAAAACUAUUGAAAAGACACAAAAUAGAAAGGACAAUUGUUUGUUGUACAUGUAAGAUCUGACUGUUUCACUCCUGGAAUACCAAGGUGUUCAGUGAAAGGUUUUUCAGUGUUCUGUUAGACAUAAGUUUAAACAUUUUGUCAAGAUAAAAUACUUGUAGCUAGUUAAAAUUUGCAUAAAUUGUCUAGGGGCUGCAAGGCCCUGGACUUCGCAUUUGUGAUAUUUGAAUUGAGGUCAUUAUGGUAGUUAAGGCCAGGCCUCGUGUUCACAAAAUGUUUUUCGGUCUUGGCGGAGUUUGAGUUUGAAAUUUUAAUAUCAAUUUUACUGAAACUUCCAGGUUGAAUUCCAACUGAGACUGAUACAACCAUCAAUACUGAAUAUCCACUUGAAAAUAGUUAUUAACUUAAAAUUGAGUUUUAAACAUGAUAUUUUGAUAUAAAUGACAAAUUUUAAUAUAUUUUCAUUAUCAAACUCAGCUGAGACUGAAAAUGUUUUGUGAACAUGAGGCCAAAGCUUCUAAAACUAUGCACUAUGGGACAAGAUGCAUAUUUUCGCUACGGUUCAAUCUUCUUCAAUGCAUCUUUGACUGGAAAUGAGGCAGUAUUGCAAAGAUAAGGGGAUAUUAUAUUAUUCUGUCUCAAAAAUGAGGAAGAUUUACUUUGCAAAUGACAUUAGACUGAUAUAAGCUUGUGACCAUUGAAGCACCUCCAUGGUAUAAGCAGAAUGCUAUAAAUUUUUGACAAAAUAUCAGAUUUGAAUUAUGUUUUCACUUCUCAUUUAUGAAAGAUAAUGUUAUAGUUAUACUGAAUAUUAAAUGUAUGUGUUAAGUAAUAGUUGAAAGUUAAGGUCUCCAAAUUGGAAACCCUGAUGGUAAAUUUUGUUGAUGCUGGAACACUGAAUGUCUAUAAGGGGAGAUAACUAGAAAAAUGUACAAGUAAUCUGAUAUGUUAGAAGUUACCUACCUUAGUAUUAAAUGUAAAUUUAGGUCUAGAAAAUAUAUUGUUGUAGCCAAGUUUUGAGCUAGUAUAGUGAUAAAAUGAUUAGUAACAGCUAAACUUCAACAACUGAUUAGGGAUUGAUAAAGGCUUUGUCUUAUUAAUUGAUCAAGACCUGAACUCAUUAUUUGAUAAGACCCUUUUUUCCUUCAUUGAUUUAGGGCCUGAAUUCAUUAAUUGAUUAAGGACAGAAUACAUGGUUUGUUUGUCUUAAUUCAACAGUUUUACAGUUUUAGUCGUAGAUUUUACACAUACGAAAUUGAGAUGUCAAAUUUUUUGAUGAAUUUCAGUUUAUGAGGUAGCUGAUGUUUUGAUUGCACUGUCAGACAAUUUUUCUAACAGCUACAGAACACCAUACAAUAUUUUCAGUAUCUUGAAUGUGAAGUUUGAUACCUACCAUUUUAAAGUCUUAAAAGAGUCAGGCUGUGUAUGUUGACAAAUACCGACCUAGUUAAAAUAGAAUUAAUAUAUAGAAUGUAAUGUAUCACUUGUACGUAUUUUCUAGAUAGAAGGAUAAAUUAAGAUCAUAUACAAUUGAAAAUCCGUAUCUCAGAUUCCAGAGGAAUAAGUGUUUUAUUUGGAGAGAUCUGUAAUUUGAAAUUUUUAGGAUGGGACUUAUUAUAGACUAAGUUAAUGUGUUCAAGAUAGCUGGAAAAUUAUGUUAAGUGAGUUUAUGAUAUGAGUUGCAGCUGUAGUUGUAAAAAAUAUUACUGUGUUAUUGAUGGUAGUUUAAGACCCAGACAAUAAUUUGGGGCAACAACUAUGGAAAGAGAAUUAUGGUGCUUGGGUUUGUUUGUCUAGUCAGGCCAUACUACCAUGCAUUUAUGUUGUGUUGGAGAAUUGAUAGGCUUAAAAAUAAAUAUAUUAAAAUCAAUUAAUUUUUAAGGCAUCAAAUUUCAUGGUUUAUGACAGAAUUGAUGUUUCAAUUUUGACCUUAAAGCAUAAAAUUAUUUAGAAUGAGACUUUUUUGUAGGGAUUUGGCUUUGUGAAAAUCCAUGAAAAUUAGUCCCCCGCAAAUAUUUAUCAUUUAACAGUAGCCCCCUGCAUGGCUUAGUAAGAAGAGCAAAACUGGUCUUUAGUCUGUGAGUUUUAUCCUCGGACGACCGAAAUAUUCUCUCUGAUGAUUUAAUGUCGUCUUUCACCUUGUGUUCAGAGGCAGGUCAGUUGACCUUUGUUACUCGACUAAAUUAUUGUUGAAAGGUGUUGCUUAACUGGUAUGAAACACGUACAUAUAGAUGCGAGAAGAUAACUGCGACAGUGGAAGGUCAUUUUGUACACUUAAGAUUUUCUGAUAAAAUUUUUGAUGUCUUCUUUCUGAGAUUUAUUUAUGCUUACAGUGGCAUUUUGUGCGUUGCUCAUUUGUAAGUUUGCAAGAAAUACAUUGAUUGUUUAUUGAUAGAUAAACAUGAAAACUUUCCUUUUUUUUUUCAUCUGGCGUGGUAGUGUUUUAUUACUUUGCUUUCAAAUUGCAUUUUGGUUUAGUAUAUUAUAGUCUACUAUUCAAAUAAAUUAGUUUUCCUGAUCUCUCAUUUACCAUAAUCAUUUUAUUGACCUCAGAGGCACAUGUUUUACCCUAUGUAGCCCAUGAAAUGUGUGACUGUUAGUUAGACAUAAGACUACCACUGUUUAAACAGUUACUUAGUUCUUGAGAAGAUUUCUUAAGUAUGCAGCAUUAAUUAAAUAUGAAAGAAAAAAACAUUAAAUAUGUGAAAAGAUUAAAACAUAAUUUGUUUUAGCUUUAUGGUAGUGAAAGCUUCCAGCUUAUAUGAAGGCAUAUUUGAAAAACACAAGUCCUAUUCUUGGAAUCACCACUUUAAUUUUUGUUGGAGGAGAGUGCAAGAUAGAGAAGUCACUCCGAUAUCAGAAGCUUCUCUGGUUCUUGAGAGUACCACAGGUAAAGCACCCAUACAUGGAACUGUUAUCCCAAAGUCAUUUUAGUAAAGAGGAAUGAGGUCUCAUACUUAAGAUCCCUGGUUUGGUAGUGAGUGGUACCACUGGACCAAAGUCAGCUGUAAGAAUCACCAGUACUGGCUCUAAGGUUAUCUAAGCAAGUUGGGAGACCAGUCUCAGAAUGCAGCCUUCUCAUUGGUCAAUUCCAAAUUUGUGCUCAGAAUUGACCAAUCAGAUGCUUUUUAUUUUUUUUUGGUUUUGAGACUGGCCUUCAAAUUCAAGUCUUCUACCUUGGUCCUUGAGUGUCAUAUGCAAUGAGAUUGUGAACAGAUGUCUGGGUUGAGCUGCAAACGCCUAAUUUAACCAUUAGACCACCGCAUUCCUUAAGUUCAUUAUUCUUCGCUUUAUAUCUAUAUUGCUAUAUACUCUUAAAAGAGGGUUGUUUGUUAUUGUACAGAGUUCUUGCAUAUUAUUGUUUAAAUGUGAUUAUUUAAUUGUGAUAAUUUUCCAAUAUUUGUUAAGUUUAAAUGUAAAUAUGUUUUGUUUUGUUCAGAUUUAAAUGUCCCUACUAUUAAAUUAUUUAAUCAAGUUAAAUAGAUUCAUUCAUCAACUUAGUGCAAGUUGGUAAUUUUUACCAAAUUGAAUAUCAGUUUUCCAUAUUUUUUACCUAAAUCUAUUUCUAAACUUAUAGAAAAAAAAUGGUUCCUUUUGAAUGUAUUUGAAAAACAAUAUUUUGGACAUCUGUUAGCUCACUGUAUUUAUCUGAAGUAGUAUUGGUGUUAAGGUAGUGGGUCCAUACCGACUACUGGCAAAUUAAGCAUUCUUCGUUUGCAGUGUCGGCAUUCUUAGAUUUUUUAUGCCCCCGAAGGGAGGCAUAUUAGUUUUCAACUGUCCGUCCGUUCGUUCGUUUGUUCGUCACAAUGUUAAUUUUUUGCAUGAAGGCACUUUACUUGCGAACCACUGCACCCAGGACCUUCAAACUUUACAUGCUGAUAGCACUUAUUGAGUACAGACCCCUAUUGACUUUGGGGUCACCAGGUCAAAGGUCAAGGUCACAGGGGCCAAUGUUAACUUUUUGCAUGAAGGCACUUUACUCGCGAACCACUGCACCCAAGACCUUCAAACUUUACAUGCCGAUAGUACUUAUUGAGUACACGACCCCUACUGACUUUGGGGUCACCAGGUCAAAGGUCAAGGUUACAGGGGCCAAUGUUAACAUUUUGCAUGAAGACUUGACUCGCGAACCACUGCACCCAGGACCUUCAAACUUCACGUGCUGAUAGUACUUACUGAGUAAACGACCCCUACUUUGGGGUCACCAGGUCAAAGGUCACAGGGGCCAAUGUUAACUUUUUGAAUGAAGGCACUUAAUGAGUGAACCACUGCACACAGGACCUUCAAACUUCACAUGCUAAUAGUACUUAUUGAAUACGCGGCCCAUAUUGACUUUGGGGUCACCAGGUCAAAGGUCAAGGUCACCAGGUUAAAGGUCAAGGCGCUGCAGGGGCAUUUGUCACCAUUAGUGACAGCUCUUGUUUCCAGAAAAUUACGCCAGUGUUUACUGUUCAGCUACAAUUAUAUCUGAAGAAUGCCAAAAAUGCAUAACAAAGAAUACAAAAUAGUUACACGCAUAUUGCCCAGUAUCACUGUGGGUCUGCUACCGUACCUGAAGUUCUCUGUCAAACUGGAUCCAAUGUAGAAUGAAUGUUAGCUAUGUGUUAAGUGUACAUACAAUGUUGUACAAACUGUAUUGUAAUAGGGUUUUUUGUACACUAUAAAAUUGACCUUUGUAUAGAAAUGUAAAUUUAUGGAUAAACACAAUUAAAAUUGAAAGCACA